AUGCUUGAAAAAAAUGAUUUUGAUAGAAUCAACUAUUUAUUUUAUGAUGACUACUUCGAGAAUUUGUCAAUACCUGAUUUAGAAUUUCUCCAUUUUAAAUUUCCUAAUUUGGACAUUUUUAUCAAAAGGUUAUUUAAGAUUAAUCCAUUUAUAUCCAAAGAGUUAUUUAUUGAAUACGCUAAAAGAUUUAAUAUAACACAAAUUGAUAUUAUGAACAUACUAUCAUACAAUUGUAAUGAUUGGAUAUUUAAGGUUGCUAUAAGGUGUAAUAUACCUGACUUAAAUUCCUAUGAAAGUAUAAAAUUUUAUUUAAUGAAUAAAAAGGAGUUUAAUUAA